CAAAAGCACAUGGCAAGACAAGGAAAACAAACAAAGCAAAGAAACAAAGCAUAACUACAAAAAUAAACCAUAUAACGUGAACCUGAAACAACACCAAAACAAGACAUUACAGUGUUUCUCAUGGGUGUUUCCCUUGAAAAUGAUAAGAAAGCAACAGAAAGGAAAGUUCAGGAGGAGCGAAUGAAAAUCACCCAACCUGAUAAGAGACUGACCAUGACUGGAAGAGGCAGAAAGGUCUUAACCCGGACAAGAGGAACUAAGCCAAGAAAUGACAUGGAUUGCACCAGCAUUGGAGGCAUCUGUCAGCGUAAUACCUACAUUUGUCAGGGCAGAUACCUAAAGGAUAAAUGUCGAGGAGAGAUAUCACGUCAGUGUUGUACACCAGCUGCAGCGUGGAGUACUUUGUGUGCUGGUAGUCAUCACAACAGAGUGCGAGCUUGUGACAGCUAUGGUUGUGGUGGCUUUAACUCCAAAAGUGAUGGGGGUAUCCACAAGGGAAUUGAUAUUGUGUGUGGUGAUUAUGGCAUCAUCAACGCUCCUUUUUCUGGAAACCUUGGUGGUCCUGUUGGGAGAGCAGUGGGAGACUGUUCAAUAUGAUGGUGUCAAACUCUAUAACAAAGUGCACUGUGUGAAGAUCUUCAACAUCCGUCCAUAUGGUUACUUUGGCUCUGUUGUUCAGGGAAAGGCCAUGGGUUACCUGUUACCACAACAGGAGAAUUUCUCUGGCAUCACUUCACACCUGGAACUUCAGAUGUGUGACGGCUCUGAUCCCUCGCCCUUCAUAUGAGACACGUUUAUGGAAGAUUACACCAGUCAUUAUAAAUGCUUUUCAUUAGUGCAUGGCUUCAACACUUAAUUUAAAUAACAUAAUAAACUGACUGUUUUUACAAGCAAUACAACAUGUAAUAAUUUCAUGAGAAUGAAAGUAAAGUACCACAAGAUGGCAGCACUAAUCUACAGAAUAACAGGGAAAUAACUAUAAUAAUUAUUAUCAUUAAUCCCAUAAUUGUUAUUAUUAUUAGCCUAUUAUCUUUUUUUCUGCACACCUACUUAUUCACUUGAUUUACAUUUAAAUUAUGUGAAAAUAAACAUCUCAGACAUAGAUUUGUGAUCAAAUUAUUUAAUGAGAAUAUGUUUGGUUUGAUCAUCAAUGUUUGCAAAUACAUCUCAAUUUUAUUUUUUCGUAUACUGAUAUCCCUCCAUAUGACAUUUACUGUUACUUCUAGCUUCAUUUUAUUGGAUGACUAACAUUGUCCCUGCAUAGGAAAGAUAGGUGCUCUCUGAAGAAAAUGCAGUUGUUAUGGUAACUAUUUUUUUAGGCAUCCCAAGGGGGAAAAUUGCAUGCAUGAUGCUGCAUAAUCGAUUGUGGAGGAAGAGAAAAAAACAUGUUAUGGCAUUGGCAGGCCUUGUGUUUGUAACACAGUUCAUGUUCACUGAAAUAAAAGUAAAAUAUUUUUGCAAAUGUGUGCCUUGAGCUAUAUACACAGAGGGUAAAAACUGCAUUUGUGUCAAAGGAAAUGAU